AUGAGGCGUGCUGAUCCUGACGUAAGCGGCUCUUCGGGUCGGAAGUUGAUUGUUGUUCUUGACCAGGCAUGUUUGGAAUCUGUCAGGGCGGGUGGUGGUAAGGAAUAUCAGCUGUUAAACCCGGAUAAACAUAAGGACCGUAUCCUGAGAUCCGGUCGGGAUUUAUCCACCAUCCGCCCCGAUAUUACCCACCAGUGCCUGCUAAUGCUUCUAGAUAGCCCAUUAAACAGAGUGGGCAUGCUCCAGGUUUAUGUACGGACUCAGAAGAACAUUAUCAUUGAAAUCAAUCCUAAGACCCGUAUACCACGGACUUACGAGCGAUUUUGCGGUCUGAUGGUUCAACUGCUCCACAAAUUAUCGAUUCAUGCCUCGGAAGGAAGCCAUGAAAAGUUGCUAAGAGUUAUUAAAAACCCCAUUACGCGCUACUUUCCAGCAGGCACUGUGAAAGUCGGCAUGUCGUUUUCCGCAGACCGUAAAGUGCAGCCUUCUGAUGUCCCAAAAAUGGCCAAGUCCGGGACAUCAGAUUCCAUUGUUGUUGUAAUCGGAGCUAUGGCCCAUGGCUCUAUCGUCCCAACAUCCGGUGAAUACCUGGAUGAAGUUGUUUCCAUCAGUCGUUUCCCCCUUUCCGCUGCUCAAACCUGCUGCCGAAUAUGUACAGCUUUUGAAGAGGCUUGGGAUGUGGAGAAUUACGGAACAUCCUCCUAA